AAACAAGAAAAAAAUAAUAAUUAAAUAUGUCUGACCAAUCUGUUAAAGUCGUUUACAAGGGUGCCGAUAACACUGAAUUCUUCGUGAUUGCCAAUGCUGGUAUGGUUUCCAAGUACCGUAGUGACAAGACCACUCCCUUGAUUGAUGUUGUCCAAUCAUUUGAUAUCCUUACCACCACCACUGGCGGUAACACCGGUGAAGCUUUGCAUCCUCCCAAGGGUAUCUUGGAGUCCAACUUUAAUACCUCCAACAAGGAUGAAAUUGUCAAGAUCAUCAUUGAAAAGGGUGAAGAAAAGGGUUUCUAAAUCACUUUCCUUUCAAAAUAUAAACCACUGUAACAUAAAAUUAGCUUUGUAUCAUAAAUUUUAGCUUCCUAUACAUAAAUAAAAAAACAAUUCUUUUUUCCAUAAA